GUGUGUUUGUGUCACUCUGUGUGUCCGCGGGCAGCGGCUCAGGCGAGGGGGACGGGCGGGGGGCUGCGUCGCUACGUCUGCAACAGUCAGACUGGGAGAAACCCACCCACCCACCAUCAUCUCCUCAUCUUUACCCGGCAACGCGGUCCCACCCGGCGCCUCCCCGCCCCCUCCUCUCCUCUCCUCUCCUCUCCUCCCCAAUCAAACCCCAUUCCGAGUGAUGAGGAUUGAGGAGGCGCUCGGGCGGCGGAGAGCGGCUGGGAGCCGGGCUGACUGCGGACAGAGAAGCACCGGCAUGGCCAGGACCGAAGACCCCGGGCUCAGACCCGGACUGGCUCUGCUCGCUUGCGCCUUCUCCAUCCAGUUCCUGGCAGCCGCCGUAACCGGAUCAGAUGUUUCUGUGUCACCUUCCCCUGCUGAGGAGACCACGUCUGCCGCGCUAGUCGCUCAGAGCUCCCCAGUCCCCACCGGUUCCCCGACUCCAGAGGCCCAGACAGUCGUGCAGCAUGUUCCCCAUCUUAAGGAUCUCCUGAAUGCUUCCACUGUCCCCAGCACCUCCGCCUGGCCAACUCCAGGAGAGCCGCAGACUCCGAUGGGUGGAUUGCAGGCGAGGUCAGUGGAAGGGCAGGCUCACGGAGAGGAACAGGAUUCUGGUGCUCGCAUCGGUGCGGUGGACUGGGAGUUGGGAACGAACGGCAGUCAGUCUGCGUCGGAGUUACUGGGCACCUCCCCUCGCCCGGUCGAGGAGCCCGAGGACUGCCCAGGCUGCCGGAAGGCUGAGGGCAUCUCGGAAGAGGAGCCGCUCACCCUGGCCAACCCUUCGAACAGCUUGGACCUGAUUAAAGGUGUUGAGGGAAGUGGAGAGACCUUCGGCCUCAUGAGAGGGACCACCAUGCUGAAAGGGAACCAGGAUGCCAAGCUGGUCAGCUUUGAAGAGGCCACCGACCUCCCGGCCCAGGGCAUGGAAGGAAGCACUGACUAUGCACAGGUGGACCUGGAGAUGCAUCUGUGGUCUGAGCUGAGCACCAUCCCUGCCUAUCUCCCCCUUACAACAAGUGAGCCUUCCGAUCUACCCACAGAUUAUGAUGCCACAGUUGGCACUUCUGAUAAAUUUGCCACGCUUGAAGAUCUAGAUGUGUCUAUUACGUCAUUCAACAUGGACUCCACAAAAGAGUUUUUGCCAGGACUUCCUGCCCUGACUCCUUCACCUGAUGGUGGCGUUUCUGGCGUUGAACUGGCCACAUUACAUUAUUGGGAUGAAAUGGCCAGUGAGAAGGAACUUCGACUGACCACAGUCUCUCCCAAGGUACAGACCAUGCUAGUGAGGGAGGAAGACGUCACCAGGCAAACGGCGUCCAACCUGGACUUCAUUUCAGAAUCCUACCUCACUGUCUUCACUGACACCUCUGACUCGGAGACCAGACAAGACAUUAGUCUGUCUCCACUUUUCUUUGGCGAAGGCAGGAAGGAGUGCCAACUGGGGUAUCUGAAGCAGAAUAAGUCCUGCAAGUCCAUCUGCGACAUGGCCCCAAAUUACUGCUACAAUGGCGGGCAAUGCUACGUCAUGGAAAAUGUUGGAGCUAUCUGCAGAUGCAAUGCCCAGGACUACAUCUGGCACAAAGGGAUCCGGUGUGAAUUUAUCAUCACAGAGUUCCAGGUGAUGUGUAUUGCGAUUGGUUCAUCAGCUGCGGUGAUCCUACUUCUAUUCAUGCUCACCGUCUUCUUCGCAAAGAAGGUUUACUCUUUAAAAACUGAAAAUAAAAAGCUUCGGAAAAGGAGCAAAUACAGGCCUCAGCUGGAACAACACAAUGACAAUUUUUCUCUCUCCACCAUUGCCGAAGGCUCCCAGGCAAAUGUAAGAGAAUUAUGCACCACUUCAUCUAAUCUUUUACCUCAUGCCCGUGCGUUGGCUUACUAUGAUGGUAUUAUAUGUCAGGACGACGUGAACGGACAGAAUAAAAUCCACGAGUCAGUGAAAACCUGCCCGAAAGACGACGAGUCAUUGAACGUGCAGAACAAUUGGACGCCAAAGCACGACAACAAGGACAGCGCGAACGCCGAGGUAAACUCGCUGCAGAACAACAUGAUAUAAACCCACGGCUAGCAAUCGUCUGGUGGUGGUUUUUUAAAUAUAUAUAUUUUACAUUUGUUUCGUCCCCGCCUUAUGGAACGCCUAGCAUGCUUUGAUGUAUUUUAUAUGAAUAUAUAUAUGUAAAGAGAGAUAACUACAAGAAACACCCUUCUUGGCAAAAAAAAAAAGACAUAAAACACCAAAACAAAACAAAACCUCCCCGACCUGAACGGUGACUCCCCUUGGCUUCAACUGAACCAUGCGUUGCAUUUCAAUGAUGUGAUUUACAUUCGUUUUUUCUUGUCCUGGGUCUUUAAAUCGCGCCCGUGUUUUAUUGUUUGAUCCGAGAGUCGGAAAUGGAAAAUUGUCAAUAUUGAAAUAAAUCUUUUUUGAAUUUAA